UGGAUUAACCGAGGGUUGGUGGUGGUUAAAGAUCAGUUUAAUGUAACGCCACCGAUUGGUUGGCAAAUAGACCCGUUUGGUCAUUCAGCUGUGCAAGCUUACCUAUUGGGGGCAGAGCUUGGAUUUGAUUCUGUUUUCUUUGGGAGAAUUGAUUACCAAGAUAGAGCUAAGCGAAAAGGGGAUAAACGUCUUGAAGUUAUCUGGCGGGGCUCCAAGAGUCUUGGUUCAUCUUCACAGAUUUUCGCGGGUGCUUUCCCCGAGAACUACAAACCUCCACCUGGUGGUUUUUACUUUGAAGUUAAUGAUGAUUCCCCGAUUGUCCAGGAUGACAUCGACCUGUUUGAUUACAAUGUUGAAGAACGAGUUAAUGAUUUUGUUGCUGCUGCCUUAUCACAGGCGAACAUUACUCGUACAAAUCAUGUAAUGUGGACGAUGGGGGCCGACUUCAAAUAUCAGUAUGCAGAGUCAUGGUUUCAGAAUAUGGACAAGUUUAUUCUUUACGUCAAUAAAGAUGGCCGGGUCAAUGCUUUCUAUUCAACGCCAUCUAUAUACACUGAUGCUAAACAUGUUGAGCCUGACUCAUGGCCUCUCAAAGAAGACGACUAUUUUCCAUAUGCAAGCGAUAUAGAUGCCUACUGGACUGCAUACUUUACUAGCAGGGCAGGUCUAAAGGGCUAUGUCAGAAUGUUGAGUGGCUAUUAUCUGGCAGCAAGACAAUUGGAAGUAAUGACGGGAAGGAAUAAAACGGGGCCGACUAUAGACUAUUUGGGUGAUGCUUUGGGGAUUGCUCAGCAUCACGAUGCUAUUAGUGGUACUUCUCAACAACAUGUGACUAAUGAUUAUGCAAAAUGGCUCUCAAUAGGUUAAAAGGAGGUACAAAUUAAUUCUAUGUUUUAUUGCAAAUAAUAUUUUGAGCUCAACAAUGCAGGGUAUAUCCCAAACGGGUGCAACAUAUGAUCUAAGAGCUGUUGGGAUCGUAGGCACAUGGACCGUGGUACGCUUCGGUAUGCAGAAUGGAAACAGGUACUUGUUUGUGAAUAUUUUCUUUGCAGAUAAGAUUACUGAUUUUUCAUACCAUUUGAUAACAUUCUUCAAAUCAUUACAUCAUGGAGGAGUCGAUAUGAUCCAUAGUGGGAGGGAUAAGAUUGAAACUCUACAACAGGUUAUCUAUCUAUUUUAUGAAUUAUUGCUGUGGACUUUUUAUUUAUUGACAUUUAUGAAUGGGAUUUUAGUUUAUAUAAUUAUUCAUUGGGUUCUGUAUUUAUCGCUCAUUUUUAUGUUUGUUCUUGCCAUGGAAUAAUAUUACUUAUGUAAUUUUUAAGGUCAAUGGAAGAAAAAGUGUCUAGCCGGCUUUGGAAUUCCCUCACGGUGUAUUUGACCCAUGCGAGUAAACAAUGUGCUUCUUAAGUUUAUUGUUAAGGUGAAAUUGUUAUAAAAUUAACAGAAUUUUAAAAAGGUUUACAAAAACACAAAAAAAAAAGAUGUAGAUUAAAGUGGCGAAGAUUAGGAUGGGAGGAUUGGCUCAAAGGGGUGGGGUUGGUGUUGGCACUGGUCUGACCCAUUUAAAAAGGGGAGAAGUACAGUUAACAUUAAUGGUCUCUUGUUUGAUAUGGUUCAAGGGUGCUGUAAAAAAGGAGUUUGAAGAACUUUAUUUACUCAUAUUUGCUCCUUUGUAUUUAAAGGCUCAAGCCUAGGCGCCCAAGCAUGGUGAACCAUUCUGAAAACCUAAAGUACGCAGCCACGGUGAACCAUUUUGAAAACCGGCUUGGACCCGCCCUGAAGUCUGAACCAGUUUGGAAUACACCUAUUUUUUUUUUUGGAAUACACAUGCGCCCUGCUUUCUUUGGGGCCUCGCUUAAGUGCCUUUAGCUUAGCCGACAAGCUCUCACCCUUUUGCGCCUUGAGCCUUUGACUACCUAGAUUAACUUGGUAUAUGUUUGUGAAAAUUUUUUCAUUAUGACAGCUUGGUAUAAGUAUGUGAAAUUUUAUGAAUCCGAUAAAUCUGGAGAUCUUUUUGCAACCAGAGGAUCGUGGGGUCGUGUAGUUUUGUUUGAGACAGAAGACAUGUCUGUUUAUAUCAAUAAUCUUUGUAGUAAUUUGUUCAUCUGAUUUGUUUAAAAUUAUUUUUAAAAUUUCUUAUUGAUUCCAUUUGUAACAUGUAUGCCAGGCUAAUAAUAGAAGACAUCUAGAGGCCAUGGAUUGUUCCACCUGUUCGACACCUUCAAUUCCGUUUUUACCAGAUAUGAUUUUACUUUUUAAAGGAAUGAAUGCAAUUUAUAAUAUAAUGUAGAUUGUAUAGAUCUUAUCUUGAUUUUUAGGGUCUUUUGUGAAGAACUACAGUGGCACUAACGAUGCUUCGGCAGGCGAUUGGAGCGGUGAAGAAGGAUCAAACAAGCAUUAGCAUUGCUAAGUAUGGCACCAGAGUUAGAAGUUGCCAUAGUGAAAGCCACCAGUCAUGAUGAUGAACCGACCAGUAAGAAGUAAAUUCGGGGCAAUCCUGCAGCUUACGACGCUAAGUGAGCGCCUGCGUUCAUGCCAUGUCGAAACUUUGAGCAAGAUGCGUGAUUGGUUUGUUAUGUUAAAGUGUUUUGUUUUAAUUCACUGGUUGUUGAAUGACGGGGAUAUGGUUUCUAGCAGGAGAUUAUGUAUGCUACUAGAAGAGGAAACGGGUUGCUUAACAUGGCGGAUUUUCGUGAUAAGGCGCACUUUAAUUCAUGGGAUCACUCUGCUUUUGUGAGGACUUACGGGUUUUAUUUGGAUUAAAGGCUGAAAUAUGUACCAAAUUUUAUAUAUAAUACAUUACUUGUUUCCUUUUGCAAAUUAAAUAACAUGUUUUCCUCUUAUUUCUUUGGGCUAAAACUUGUUUGAUCUUAUUAACCAAAUAAAGGCUAAAAUUGGUCAA